AUGAACGAACAUGUUGGGCCGUCGCUCGAACAGCGCCCGAACAUCAUCCUUCUGCAUGCCGGCACCAACGACAUGAGCGCGCGGCCCGACCGCUCCGUUCAGGGCAACGAUCCAACAGGAGCCGCGAACAGACUCGGCGUACUGAUCGACCAGAUGGUCGAGGCUUGCCCUGAUGCCGUUAUCAUUGUUGCCAUUAUCAUUAGCUCAUGCGACGAGGAGAGACGAGAGCGCGAGAGCAAAUUUCAGUCGCUCAUCCCCGGUGUUGUUAAGGAGCGCAUCGACGACGGCAAGCAUGUCCUGGUCGCAGACUUUACGACUAUCACAGGCAACUACCUCCGCAAGGACUGCAUCCAUCCCAACAAUAACGGCUAUAAGGAGAUGGGACGAUACUGGUAUGAUUUCCUCACACAGGUGCCUAAGUCUUGGAUCCGGGCGCCGAUAGGAGGCGACCCGGAGCGACCCGAGCGGGGGCCUCUUGUAGGUCCUCCGACGGAUCCUGACGAUGAGGAUCAUAAAGACGGCGCCGGCAGUUUCGGCACCCACCUCGGAUUCUUGACUGGUCUGGUCUCGAUGGUGAUGUUUUGGCAUACUAUGUUUUGA